AUGGGUCUUAACAUAAGUGGCACGAUUGAUCGUGCUCGACAUCCUGAACAAUAUCCUGAUAAAGCAAAAGGUCCAACAUUUGAUCCGAUGUAUGGUUUUCCUGAUGGUCGAAAACCAAAAAUUGCACCGUAUACUGAAGAAGAAAUGCAAAUUUUAAAUAUUCCUCAUGAUAAACGUGACUAUUGUGCACAUUAUUUUCGUGCUGUAAUGCUUUGCACGCAACAAUAUUGGCCAUCACAAUACGCUUAUUGUGAGCCUGAACGACAUGCAUGGGAAAAAUGUGAAAUAAACAAUAAACUUGAUGAUGCUAAAGAAUAUGAAAGAGAAUUACGUUUACGUCGACGACGAUUACGUAAAGAAGAAGCCAUUAGAAAUGAUCCAACUCAUAAAGAAAUUGUUAAUAAUGAAGAAUAA